CAUUUUCAGGGCGGACCGCUCCAACUUCCGGCGUCACUGGAAUUAGAGCCCUUGUUUCCUGUGUGCCAGCAAAACUAAUUGAAUUCGCGAUUGUCUGUAAGGCAAAACACGCAAAGAUGGCGGCAGACGAGAAGAGUGGCGAGCCAGUGAAAGACAAAAACGAGCUGCACAUUUUCAAGGAACUUGUGGAUGAACUGUAUAAUUUCAGAGAUUGCUACUUUGAGACUCACAGCAUGGAGGAAGCUGGAAGGAAACAGAGUGAUGUCAUGCAGGAAAUGGAGAGGACGCUGAAGACGCUAGAGGAGAAAGGAGAUCGCUACAAGAACAAGGCCGAGUUCCUGCUGCAGAGGGGCAGGUGUCUGAAUGUAGCGCCGGACUUCAGCACCGUGGCGGAGGAGUGCCUUUCCCGGGCCGUGAAGCUGGAGCCCGGCCUGGUCGAGGGCUGGAACACGCUGGGGGAGCAGUACUGGAAAAAAGGAGACCUUGUCGGUGCCAAGAACUGCUUCACCGGAGCAUUGCAGCAGAGCAAGAACAAAGUGUCUCUACGUAACCUGUCCAUGGUGCUGAGGCAGCUGCCAGCGGCCGACGGCGACACGUGUACUAAACAGGUGCUGGAGAGUUUGGACAUGGCCCGACAAGCCGUCCAGCUGGAUGUCACCGACGGGACGUCUUGGUAUAUCCUGGGAAAUGCUGAUGUUUCCAUGUUUUUCACCGGCGGUCAGAAUCCGCGGUUUUCUCAACAAGCUUUUGGUGCCUAUGCACAAUCUGAGAAAGUGGACAGAGCUGCCUCCUGUUACCCGGAGCUGCACUUCAAUCGAGCGACUCUGUACCAGUACGAGGAGAUGUUCGGGUCCGCGCUCGACGGCUACAGCCGUGCGGCGGCGCUCGACCCGGGCUGGAAGGAGCCUCCGCAGAGAGAGAAGCAGCUGUUGGAGUAUCUGGAGAAGGUCACCGCACUCGUGCAGAACAAGGGGAAGGUGAAGGCGCGUCGGUUACGGACCAUGCUCUCGAACCUCAACACGUCGGCGUUGGGUCCCUGCUCAUCCCCUGAGUUUCGAUCGCCCACAGGCCGCGUGGGUAGCCUGGAGCCUCGAACGCUUUCCUCCCUCUCCCACGGCCAUAACGCCGGUCUGGCCGCCUUGGGCAAGGUUGUGUUCAGCCUGGCCUCUGAGGAUCGAAUGGCAUUUACGUUUGGUAUGGUGGACAGUGAGGAGACAUGUAUGGUGGUGAUGGUUUACAACACAGCGGACAGCUGGGGUGUCCUGAUAGGAGACACCGUAGUCAUUCCUGAACCUCAGGUCAAACGACACAGUAUAACACAUCAAGACAAGACAUUUGACUUCAGAAGUAUACGAGUGGACUCUCCUCUGCUGCUCAUCGUGAACGGAAAGAAACAAAACAUCCGAAGUCAGAUCGCCGCCUCGGUCAGCUACAAGCCUCAGAGUGAAUGAGCCGAGCUGAAGUCGGGAAGCGAUUGGACCAAGUUGCUGGAAAUGGAGGAACAGUUUUUGGGAUAUUUAUGGAAGUUUGAAGACUCCGAAGUUUGUGCCUGUUGUACGUGUCGUUUUGUAAAUAGAAACCACCCCGUUACGUUGUCUUUAGAGAGACGGUCUGUUUAUAUUUAUAAAUAUUUCUUCUUUUUUUUUAAUUAUUCCUGUGUUCUGCCGACAACAUGGAGUUUGUAAAUUAAUAAAAUCUGUCCUGAUGACAA